AUGAAUAAUUAUGCAAACGAAAAUGGCACGGGUCUAGAACAGCAGGUUGCUGGUCUGGACUUGAAUGAACGAAAAGGUUCAACAAAGUAUAUUCCUCCUCAUUUAAGAGGCGAAAUUUCUGAAUCGGUAUCGGUCACGUCUAACGAUACUACUCAAGGAGAAAACUUCAGGGAGAAUUUCAACAAUCGUAGUGGAGGUGAACGCGAUUUUAAUAAUCGAAAUAAUAAUAAUCGUCGCUACAACAACAAUAACGGUAACAAUUUCAAUCAACGAGACAAUUAUCCACGUCAAGGAGGAGAAAGAGAAGGCGGCUUUAAUAAUAACUCGAAUUACAGCAACAACUAUAAUAAUAAUCGUUAUCAGAACGGUGAAGGAGGAGAACGAGGAGGAUCAAAUAAUUGGGGUGGUCGUGGAGGUUCACGUACGUUUAAUCGCUCUCAAGGAGCUGAUUCACGUUUUAGUGGGCCGCCACCAAACUUGCAACAAGCACCACCUCAGCUUGAUCAAGCUGAUCAACCAGAUAGUCAAGAUGAACCCGUUAAUACACGCUGGCAAGAACCUCCUCAACAGCAACAAGAUGAUCGUUUCGGAAGAUCAAACAAUAAUGGAGGUGGAUUUGGUGGAAAAUGGAGUCAACGUGGUCCAGAUGUUGAUUACACUGUACCGUUACCACGUGAUGAACGUAUUGAACUGGAGUUGUUUGGUACCGCGAAUACGGGUAUCAAUUUUAGCAAAUACGAAGACAUUCCCGUGGAGGCGACGGGACAGCAAGUUCCUGAACACAUUUCGUCUUUUGAUGACAUUAAGCUGACGGAAAUUAUACGCACGAAUAUAAAGAUGGCAAGAUAUGACAAACCGACUCCGGUACAAAAAUAUGCCAUACCAAUCAUAAUUUCUGGACGUGAUCUCAUGUCAUGCGCUCAAACUGGCUCUGGCAAAACAGCUGCAUUUCUCGUUCCGAUAUUGAAUCGAAUGUUAGAACAAGGAGCUAGCAUAAAUCCUGCAUCAAAUCGUCCUUAUCAGCGUCGUAAGCAAUAUCCAUUAGGCUUGGUUCUUGCACCUACGCGCGAGUUGGCUACACAAAUUUAUGAAGAAGCGAAAAAGUUUUCUUAUCGUUCACGCAUGCGUCCUGCUGUUUUGUAUGGCGGCAAUAAUACUAGUGAGCAGAUGCGUGAACUUGACCGAGGAUGUCAUUUGAUUGUUGCAACACCUGGGCGUCUUGAUGACAUUAUUAAUCGUGGCAAAAUUGGAUUGGAGAAUUUACGUUUCCUCGUUUUGGAUGAAGCAGAUCGCAUGUUGGACAUGGGUUUCGAGCCUCAAAUUCGUCACAUCAUUGAGAAUCGAGACAUGCCAGCAACUGGACAACGUCAAACAUUGAUGUUCUCGGCCACAUUUCCGAAAAACAUCCAAGAACUGGCAAGUGAUUUCCUGUCAAAUUAUAUUUUCUUGGCUGUCGGACGUGUGGGAUCGACAUCAGAAAACAUUACACAGACAAUUUUGUGGGUCAAUGAGAAUGAGAAGCGCUCAUAUUUAUUAGACUUGUUAAGUCGAUUACGCGAAGGAUCACCAGACUAUUCUCCCGAUAGUUUAACAUUGAUCUUUGUUGAAACAAAGAAAGGUGCUGAUGCACUCGAAGAAUUCUUGUAUCAGAAUAAACAUCCUGUUACAUCAAUUCAUGGCGAUCGUAGUCAACGUGAACGUGAAGAUGCUUUAAAAUGCUUCCGUUCUGGUGAUUGUCCUAUUCUUGUAGCUACAGCUGUUGCUGCUCGUGGACUUGAUAUUCCCCAUGUAAAGCAUGUCAUUAAUUAUGAUUUGCCAUCGGAUGUUGAAGAGUAUGUUCACAGAAUUGGACGUACAGGUCGUAUGGGAAAUUUGGGGAUUGCAACAAGUUUCUUUAACGAGAAGAAUCGUAAUAUUGUCUCAGAUUUGGUUGAAUUAUUGAUUGAGACGAAUCAAGAGUUGCCGACUUUCUUAGAAGAAAUGGCUAAUGAUCGUUAUGGAGGUCCAAGACGUAGUAAUAAUUCGCGUGGGGGUGGAAAUCGUUAUGGAGGUGGGGGUGGAAGUGGAUUUGGAUCACGCGAUUAUCGUCAAUCACAAGGUGGAAAUCAACGUUAUGGAAAUAACAGUAAUGCAGCAGGAGCCAGUGCUAGUGGAAAUGCAGGCGGUAAUCCACGUUAUGGUGGUGGAAAUAAUCGAUCAAGUGGAUAUGGAAAUAGCGACGGUGGAUAUCGCAAUGGAGGAGGAGGUGGUGGCAAUUAUGGUGGAAAUUACAACAAUUUUGGAAACAAUCAUGCAAGCUCCGGACCAGAUUGGUGGGAAGAUUAA